UAAGUUAAGCAGUUUUCAUUUUCUUCAGCUAUCUCAAAUUAAGCCGAUGGAACUGUUAAGGAGCCUUCUCAUUUCACUAUUAUUGCUUCUUUGCUUUACUUCAUCCAUCGUUGUUCUUUCCCAAGAUCCUCAAGCAGGUUUUAUAACUUUGAAUUGCGGAGGCGAAAACUUUACGGACGAGACGACAGACUUACGUUAUACAUCAGAUUGGAGCUUCAUCGGCGACAACAACAACGCCGUACGCAACACUGUGUCGUCUCAAUAUUUCAAGGAUCGUGGUGUGGAAUCUGUGGAUACACAAUGGACAAGUGUCACAAGUUUUCCUAAAGGGAUUAGGAAUUGUUACACCCUGCGGCCUGCUCAAGGGAAGCUGAAUAAGUACCUGAUAAGGGCUAGAUUCGUGUAUGGAAACUACGAUGGCAAUGCGGACAAACAACUCCCACAAUUCGACCUCCACCUUGGGGUCCAGUCCUGGGACACCGUCGUAUUCGAUCCCAAAGACGAUCCUAGUAUUGUGGACAAGGAGAUCAUACAUACUCCUUCCUCGGACCUCAUACAUGUGUGCCUUGUCAACACCGGCCUCGGUACGCCCUUCAUCUCCGUCCUCGAGCUACGCCCUCUCAAAAUUUCUAUGUAUCCUGAUGUCUCCGCUGGAUGGUCCAUGAUGAUGAAAAAACAGCGCUUUGAUAUCGGCUCCACCUCCCCACUUCUCAGGUACAAGGACGAUGUUUUUGACCGCAUCUGGUAUCCACUUACCGUGGAUAAUCGAAGUACACUCAUAAACACUCCAUCAACCGACAACUUAGACACAAACGACGGCUUCUUCAACGUGCCGCCGGGGGUGAUGAGAACUGCCAUCGUGCCGUCAGAUCCAACCCAGCCGUGGUCGCUCAGUUGGUCUACGGACAAUUCCUCGGAUAUGUUCUACAUGUGCAUGACCUUUGCUGAAAUCCAACAACUUAAACCCAACCAAACCCGAGAGUUCAAUGUCUACCUUAAUGGCGACUUAUUCCUUAGCACUCCUAUUGUCCCACAUUAUAUGUCCACUAUUACGUUGUACACAAAGGUCUCACUAACCAAUAGGACUGACUACAUUUUUUCCCUCAACAAGACCAAAAAGUCAACGCUUCCUCCCAUCAUCAACGCCCUUGAGAUUUAUCAUUUAAAACAAUUCAAUGAACCACAAACCGACGACAAUGACGUUGCGGCAAUGUUUGACAUCAAGUCAGACUAUGGCGUGACCAAUAAGAAUUGGCAAGGAGACCCUUGCUCACCUGUGUCUGAUUCAUGGAAUGGUCUCAAAUGUCACUACACACCCUCCAAUCCCCCCAGAAUCAUAUCCAUGAAUUUGUCAUCGAGUGGGUUGACCGGGCCAAUAUCUUCUUACAUAUUCAACCUUACAAUGAUACAAGUCCUAGAUCUAUCCAAUAACAAUUUGAGUGGACCGAUACCCGAUUUUCUAUCUCAACUGCCUUCACUAAGUAUUCUAAAAUUAAGUGGAAACAACUUCUCAGGGCCUGUGCCGGAAAAACUGCUUGAGAAAUCGAAAGAAGGAAACUUAGCAUUGAGCAUUGAGGGUGUGAAUAGCUGCCAGAAUAAUGGUUCCUGCGACCACAAUAAGAAGAAGAAAAACAUUGUUGUUUCAGCUUUAGCAUCUGUGGCAUCUGUACUCCUACUAGGGCUGGCAAUAGUCGGCAUCCUAUUGGUGGUUAAAAGGAGAAAACAAAGAGAACCAAGAUUGGGUGUGGCAUCGGAAGCAAGAGUAGUUGAUGUUGAAUCAAAGAUAAAUGAUGGUUUACAGAGCAAGAAUCGGCGAUAUAAUUUCGCAGAAAUCAUAGAGAUUACAAAAAACUUUAAAAGAGUACUUGGUAAAGGAGGGUUUGGAACGGUUUAUCAUGGCAGGAUAGAUGGCACCCAAGUUGCAGUUAAGAUGCUGUCAUCAACCUCAGGCCAAGGUUUCAAGGAGUUUCAAUCUGAAGCUAACGUUCUGAUGAAUGUUCAUCAUAAAAACUUGACGUCGCUUGUGGGGUACUGUAUUGACGGAACAAACAUUGGGAUCAUCUACGAAUUCAUGGCUAAUGGAAACUUACACCAACAUCUCUCAGCAGGAAACCAUAAUGUUCUAAGCUUCAGGGAUAGGCUCCAAAUUGCUGCAGAUUCUGCCCAAGGAUUAGAGUAUCUUCACCAUGGUUGCAAGCCGCCCGUAGUUCACAGAGAUGUCAAAUGUACGAAUAUUCUGCUCAAUGAAAAGUUCCAAGCCAAAAUAGCUGAUUUUGGAUUAUCGCGAGCUUAUCCUGAUGAAAAUCAGACGCAUAUCUCAACAGUUAUAGCAGGCACUUGGGGAUACGUGGAUCCUGAGUAUUACACAUUAAAUAAGUUGACCGAGAAGAGCGAUGUGUAUAGUUUUGGCGUUGUUAUUUUGGAAAUAAUGACAGGGCAACCUGCAAUAAUAGGGAAAGCCCCUGACCAAGCUCACAUUAGUCGUUGGGUGACCUCCAUGCUGAAGAAUGGGAACAUUAAGGACGCAGUUGAUCCGAGGUUAAUGGGCGAGUUUGACGCUAAUUCAGCUUGGAAAACUGUGGAACUGGCACUGGCUUGUGUGUCUCAAGAUUCCGACAAAAGACCCACUAUGAAUGAGGUUGUGAGUGAGUUGAAGGAUUGCUUGGCAACGGAGAUGGCUAGACAUGGCGGCACAACUUCACAGAGGUCCAUCGAUAAUUUGCCCGCUGCAACUAUUGACUCAGAAUUUGGACCCAUGGCAAGGUAGUUGUAGCUCUUCGUCUCAUCGUACGUGACUUCCCCCUUCAAACAUUGCAUUCAAAUUAUAUGUUUCAAAUUAUUGU